UAUCCGGGCGGGCUGUGGUCGUGUGAGGCGCGAGCGCUUCGGGGCUUUUUUUUUGGUGGUUGGCAACCGGCCGCCCGGCUGCCUUCCUCCCCACUUCCUUCCCUCAACGCCUCAGUGGCCGGCCCUGCUUCCUUUCCUUCCUCCCAUCAGUCCGCCGCCCCGUCUGAGGAGGGGGGGACGGGACCCGGCCCGCCCCUCACGCCCCGUCGCGGCUCGCGGAGGCCGCCCUGAGGCGGCGGCGAAGUCGAAAAGGCGGCAGGAGAAUCUUGCUGACAUAUCUGCGAAGAUUUAACUCCAGGAUCCGCACCCGGGAUCUGUUUUGCUUCGUUUCACAAGGACGGCAUUAUUUCAGGUAGCUCAGGAUGGGAGAUCAGAGGCAACGUUCGUUAUCCACAUCCGGAGAAUCACUAUAUCAUGUUUUAGGACUGGACAAGAAUGCCACCUCAGAUGAUAUUAAGAAAUCAUACAGGAAACUCGCAUUGAAAUAUCACCCCGAUAAGAAUCCAGAUAAUCCAGAAGCCUCUGAUAAAUUUAAAGAGAUUAACAACGCACACGCAAUAUUGACUGAUGCCACAAAAAGGAAUAUUUAUGAUAAGUACGGUUCUUUGGGGCUGUAUGUAGCAGAACAGUUUGGAGAAGAGAAUGUGAACACUUAUUUUGUAUUAUCCAGCUGGUGGGCAAAGGCGCUGUUCGUCUUCUGUGGGCUCAUAACCGGGUGCUACUGUUGCUGCUGUCUCUGCUGUUGCUGUAACUGUUGCUGUGGAAAGUGUAAACCCAAACCCCCCGAAGGAGAUGAACCGGAAUUUUACGUCUCUCCAGAAGACCUGGAGGCCCAAGUACAAUCAGACGAGAGGGAGAACACCGAAGUCCCCAUCAUGAUCCAGCCAGCCUCUGCCACAGAGACGACCCAGCUCACGGCAGACUCCCACACCAGCUACCACACCGAUGGAUUUAACUAAGUUAAGGAAGCACUUAUUUAACCCGAACGGAUAAGAGUAAAUCAUUAAAUGGCCAAUCCAGCACUAGAAUCAUGGACAUUAGGAAUAGAUUAUGGGGAAGGGAAAGGCGUUCGCCGACGGUCAAUUGGGCAGCUUCGUAACCUGCUGAGAAAAAAUAUAUUUUGUAACCCCCUCGUCAUCUUUUUUGUCACCUUCAGUGUCGUAUCUCAAUGAGACAUGGGAGUACUGUAGCAUGCCGAAUCUGAACCUGUUUAGCUUUAGUCUCCUUCUUCCCCCGCCCCCUCUCUCUCUCUUUCGUUGUCCUCCUCCCCCCCGGUUCUGUUUUUCAAAAGGAAAAAUAGCAUGUGUCAAGUUUACAUUAUAAACGUUUUUUGUGUUGUAAAUGUACUAAGGAGUUUAUCAUGACGAGUGUGACAGGUUACAUUCUGCAUUUUGAGCAGUCCAACCAGUUAGAAACAUGGAAACCUUUUUUUUUUCAAAGAGAACUUUUAAAAUUGAUCAAGUGGAGCCACAAAACUUCCAUACAGUUGAGCUACCAAUCCCCUUCCUGCUCCACUGGGGCGCAACAGAGAUUUCCGAUUGCCCACCUGACGUUUUGCCUCAAUAACUUUAUUUUGAAAAAAAAAAUGCUGAUGUUGCAAGGAAGGAAGGAUGUGGUGGGUUUAAGGGGCGGGGGAAAUGCUGUUUUUUUUGGAAAUGCUGUUUCCGUUUCUUCUUCCAAAGCCAUCGGAUGCUUCGCAGGCGUCUUGUCCAACCUCUUCUAGGUGCAGGAAGUUGUAAUCCCCCUAUAUCUGGAGGGCGAUCCCCUCUGCAAAAUUUUCUUUGUAGUUUCCUUGUGUGGGGAGAGGGCCAAAGUAGUGGUUUUUUAAACUACAAAACUAGAAAUUACUUGAAUCGUCUCUUUAAAUUAAAACGCAUAUUAUUCUUGUUUUAAUUUUUAAAAAUAUAAGCAUUUCCCCAAACUAUUUAUAGUUAAACCGCUUGGGGGGGGGUUGGGGUACAUAUGCAUGUUUUCACUGCCCAGUUGGAAUGAAGUGUUAGCGAUAUCCAAGAGCAACUUUUAGAUUUUUAAACAUACAUACAUACAUACAAACACACACACACACACACACACACGAUACUUAAGGUUUAUUUUUAAUUUAUAUUUUAAAAUAAUCCCGGCUCACGAUUCCUUAAAUCGGUGCCAUUAUCCGGCAGGUCUUGGGGUGCAGCCCUCAAUAUUCACCAGCCAGCGAUGUUCACCUCCUGUUCUCGGGGUGUAAGGCAGUGAUGUCAAGCAUAACUCGAUGACAUCCAUCCAUUGAUAUAAUUUGAGCCCCUUUGCUCGCGAUUUGGGUGAUGACAUUUUGGUUUCUACACCCGGCCAGCGAUAUGCGAUAUUGUGGCUGCCAUAGUAUCACGAAGCUGAUAGAAAGCACAUAAUUCACAUCCUUUGCACCUCAGCAGACUUAAUGCAUGUGAUGUCACUCCCUCUCCCCCCGCCUUCCCUUUCUCAGUGUUCACGGCUGGGAAUUUUGGGAGCUGCAAUUCCAAAACAUCUGGAGGGCUACCAGGGUAAGGAAUAGUGAACUAGCAGGUCACCAUUCUGACAGUGAUGACUGUGGCUUCCAUUUUUUUUCCCCGUUUCCAACCUGCAGAGCACAAAUCAGAUUGAAAGUGACUAGAACUGAGCAGGAAAUGGGGAAUGAGUUGGACCUGGGGUGGCCGGAUCAACCCCGCAUCCAUGCCUGAAUUUAUCUGGUUGGUUGGUGGGCUGGUUUCCUUCUCUGCCUCAGUCCUUCCUUUAUAAAAACAGGAGCGGUCCUUCUCCAAUGUCCAAAUUUCGUUGUGCGGUAUACUUUUACCUAUUUGAAGCAGUGUGUGGUAGAGUUGUGUGAGUUGUGUGCCUAAAAGGCCAUUUUUUUAAAAAAAGAAAAACCCCACUUGCUCAUCCUUGUAUCUGUGUAGAGCAGGGAUAUUCAACCUUGGGCGCUUUAAGACCAGUGGACUUCAACUCCCAGAAUUCCCCAGCCAACUGGCUGGGGAAUUCUGGGAGUUGAAGUCCACAGGUCUUAAAGUGCCCAAGUUUAGACACCCCCCUGAUCUGGAGAAAUGUUCUGCAGAUGUUCUUCUGGACCCAAUUCCAAUUGGGCUUGUUGUAUUGAAACGCUUUUUUUUCUGUGAUGAGUGGGAGAAUCCACCACAAAUGGAAAUUGUGUGUUCAUCCAGGCAGCGGGCAUCUCAACGUUUCCUCUGUCACUUUGCGGUACAAUACACUAGGUUGUG